CCUCGGAAUGACGUCAUGGUUGUCGUCCGUCGACAAAACACAACGGAGUGAUUUGUGGCUAUUUUACCCAAUUUUGAGAAAAAUUAUGGUGAUUUUUGGAUCGUUUAGUUUUCAGUAGACGAAGUGCAACAUAUUUCUUUUGGAUUAAAGAGCUCCAUGUACCAAACAGGCGGUAUUCUUAUCCCACCUCACCAUCUCAGAGGGGGCAUCAUCCGAGCCCUGCCGAGUCAAAGCGAUGCCUUCCAACCCGAAGGCUGGUAGCCUCAAGGACCCGGAUAUAGCACAACUCUUCUCCACAGAUGACCCUGAAAAAAUAUUCACGGAUUUGCGAGAGAUCGGCCAUGGCAGUUUUGGAGCCGUGUAUUAUGCACGGAACACUGUCACCAAAGAGAUUGUGGCCAUCAAAAAGAUGUCAUAUCAGGGAAAACAGUCAACAGAGAAAUGGCAGGACAUCUUGAAGGAAGUGCGGUUCCUUAGGCAACUGAAAAGUAAAAACACAAUAGACUACCGAGGAUGUUAUCUUCGGGAACACACAGCAUGGCUGGUCAUGGAAUACUGCCUUGGAUCUGCGUCAGAUAUCGUGGAGGUGCAUAAGAAACCACUGAAGGAAGAAGAGAUAUCAGCCAUAUCUAAUGAUGCGUUGAUAGGUCUUGAAUAUCUUCAUAGUCAAAACAAAAUUCACCGUGAUAUAAAAGCGGGUAAUAUUCUCUUGACGGAGAAUGGCACUGUGAAACUUGCUGAUUUUGGUUCAGCGUCUAUAAGUUGUCCUGCAAAUUCGUUUGUUGGUACUCCAUAUUGGAUGGCCCCUGAGGUGAUUCUGGCGAUGGAUGAGGGGCAGUAUGAUGGCAAGGUGGAUAUCUGGUCAUUAGGGAUCACAUGUAUUGAAUUAGCUGAGAGGAAGCCACCGCUGUUCAACAUGAAUGCUAUGAGUGCCUUGUAUCAUAUAGCACAGAAUGACUCCCCUUCGUUAUCCGGAGGAGAGUGGUCCGAUGAAUUUCGAAAUUUUGUAGAUUCAUGUUUACAUAAAAAUCCUGCAGAGCGACCGUCGACGCGGGAGUUACUACAGCACCGAUUUAUCUCAGAUCCACGGCAUCCGAAUGUGAUAUUGGACCUAAUUCAGCGGACGAAAGAUGCUGUGAGAGAGCUAGACAAUUUACAGUAUAGGAAAAUGAAAAAGAUACUUAUGGUUGAUGCGAGGGAGAGCGAACAGAGGACCAAUGGGCCAUCAGAUGAGAUUGCGGGUGAUGAUUCUCAGGAUGAUUCAUGUUCCCAAGGUGACAGCAGUAAAUCAAACAGUGUUGCUAGUACCCAUAGCAUCCCUAGUAGCAGUGGCAUCAGUACGAGUAGUCGCAACAGUAGUAUGAACAGUCUUCCAGAAGAUAACAGGGAGGAAGAAAUAGUCAGCCUCUCAGCCAGACAGAGAAGGCUUCAUCAUUAUCUUAGACAUAGGUACUCUAUGUCAUCGGGUUCGGGAAGUGGAGGUGCUGAGCAAUGUGCGAACAACUUUGCUACGAUCAGAACCACGAAUAUCAUCUCUCGACAACAAAUUGAACACGAUCAUGAGAAUGAGCUCCGUGAGCAGAUGACUGGCUACAAACGAAUGAGGAAGCAACACCAGAGGCAGCUUAUACAGGUUGAAGGCAAGUUCAAGAUCGAGAUGGAUGAUCACAAGCAGAAGUUAGACAAGGAGUAUGAUCAGUUAAAGGCUCAGUUUGGCAAGGAUCUCGACAAAGUCAAGGUCAAACAUAACGGUGAACAAGAACGAAGAUUGAAGGGUAGUCAGAUUCAGGAGAAGAAAAUCAACAAACAAAUCCAACAGCAGCAGGAAUCUGAGAUGAAGGCAUUCCUGAAUGGCCAGCGGAAGGAGUUCAAAGCUACUGUUGAGCAAGCCAAGAAGGACUUUAACGAGAGUACACCAAAGAAGGUUCGAGAAGAGUCCCUCCGCUCACAUAAAGAAAACUUACAGACACAAUUAGCCGCCGCUGAGAUGAAUCUGCAGAAACAGCAUAAAGACUUUUUAGAAUUAGAAGUUAGAAAGUUUAAGAGAAGAAAGCUCCUACAACGACACCAACUUGAUCAGGAUCAACUUCGAGAGGAGUUGAAUCGACGUCAGGCUCAACUUGAUUACUGCCAUUCAAUGCUUUUACGCCACCAUGAGUCAUUACAAGAUUUAGAGUACAAGCACCAGGCAGCGAUUCACCGCCUACGUGAUGACCAAAUGCGUCGUCAGCAUCAAACAGAACUGGCCAAUCAGAGAGAGUAUACUGCACGCACGGAACGAGAACUCAGGAAGAAACAUGCUCUGGAGAUAAAGCAACAGCCAAAGAGCCUUAGGGCAAAGGAACAACAAAUACGUAAACAAUUCCACGAUACUGUGAAAAUCCAAACGCGACAAUAUAAAGCUCUUAAGGAACAGAUAUUGAUGAACACACCAAAACAGGAGCAAAAAACAGUGAUAAAGAAACUGAAGGAAGAACAGAUGAGGAAGUUGGCCAUCUUAGGCGAGCAGUAUGAAAACAGUAUAGCUGAGAUGCUGCAGCAGCAAAAUAUUAAAUUAGAUGAAACUCAACUGGCUGAGGAAAACGAUAUGAAGAAUCGAUUACGACAGGAGUUGGAGCUUCUUAUUGCAUACCAGAGUAAAGUUAAAAUGCAGACAGAAGCACAGCACCAGCGGGAAAAGAAACAAUUGGAAGAACGGGUAUCACUGCGGCGGGCUUUAGUGGAGCAGACGAUGGAGGAGGAGACUGUGACCUUUCAGACUGAACGCUCAGAGAGAAUACGAGCACUCCAUGAAAGGCAGGCAGCUGAAAUCGAAGAAUUUGAUGGAGAAAGUACGAGAUUAGGUUUGAAUGCGAUGCAGAUAGUCGAGGCUACACAAGACUCGUAUGCAGAUGACGAAAGUGUUCGAGGGAGCAUGAUUAGUCUAAGCACAAGCUCUAGCUCCAACUCAUUUGCACAGCUAAAUAACAGUUAAGAGUUAACCUGUGUCUAUAGACUACAUGUAUAUGGUAAAAUUAUUGAAAAUAUUUUAGUUGUAUUAUCCCUAUGCAGACCUCAGAACGCAUGUCAGUCCUCACAGGACUAAUGGUAUUCCUACUGGUACUGAUGCAGGCGUUCUCGUCAACUGUUUGUGGCAAUUACUUAAAAUUUUAGUUUGGGGAAUAUUCACUGGAUAUAUGAUUAUGAAGGCUUUUUGUAUUGUUUUCUGUAUUCUGUAUAUUGCUAAUCAGGAAUGUAUACUCAAAUACUGCAUCGUUUGGUUGGUUUGUGGCCAAAAUACUAUGUGACAAAGUUGUUACCGUACUCAGUUUUUAAUAUAAUACACAAGUGGAGCUACAAGAGGGUUAAUGGGGUGACAUAGAUGACGUUGUUUUUGAAGGGAAUUUGUUACUGCGAGUCCUGUGUGGGUUUGAAUUUGUAUCAUAGUAUAACCAGGGAGCCUUGAUUGCAUUUAAUUUUAUCGACAUCAUCUUGGUGGUCCCUGUUGGGUGAUUUGUGGUCUGCAUAUCAUAUGUUCAUAGUCAUUUUAUAAUCAGUAUGCAGAAAUCAGUUCAAAACCAGAGAACAGAAACCGAGUCUCUGUUAUUGCAUAUUGUGGUCAUUGGAGUGAUGUCCUCUCGAAUCAUCUUAUAGGGUUGGGAAGGCACAUUUACAUCUUAAUCAUAUAUUCUACCAAGACCAAUAAUCAACCAAAACCUGGGAAUCAAUUGGCGUGUUACGAGGAGUGUCUCUGAGUGCCAGGUUUGGUCAUGCACUGAUAGACCGUGUUGCCAGGGGUACUGGUGAAUCUAUGAUACAUAAUAUGCAAUGACUUGCCUGGUUUCUUGUUUGAAUUGGUUAUCAUUUUGUAACUAUUGUACAUAAUGAAGACGAGUAGGCUAUAGUCAAACUAGUGGUUAAAAUAUGCCAAACUUGCAAUCAUGUAAAGUACAUAAAUGAAAACAUUUUAGCUAACUGUAUGAUAUUCGGCCCUGUUCUUUGGGAUGUGGCUAUGAUGAAAAUAUAUGCCUUUUUAGGAAAAUGUGUGUUUAAUUUCCAGACGGAAAAUUACGAACAAAAGUAAGUCAUUGGCGAGACUGAAAGAUGUCAGCUUGUUGGAAUGAAUCACUUUCUUCUGACAUGUUUGAAGUGAAUUUGUGGGCAGGUCUCUUUUUGGUGGAACAAACAUUUCACGAGGGAGGGAUGGGAUUGCGAUUGAUAAUGGUGUUGUCUGUUUUACUGUUUCAUGAAGAAAGAAAAUCGGCUGUGGCCGCGCCAACAUUGGAAUACGGGUACCACUCAUUACUAUAUUCUACAGGAAUAGAGCAAGCAACUUCCUCAGAAACAAUGGUCAUCUGUUACAGGUUUGAGUCGGUUCAUCUCUUACAAGAAAUGGAAGACUGGUGAAUCACUUUAUCCUGGUCUGUUUUAGAUGAUCACCAAGAUGUCCAAGACCUUCUCACUAUGCCGAUUGAAUGUAUCAACUAUUCUAUUUCCUAUAAGACCAACCAUGUCCUUUCGGUUUAAAUUUGUGCAGACAUUGUAAUUCAUUGUAUUCCAUCGGGAUACACUGUACACCCUUUAUUUUCUCAUUUAGUCCAAUGUGGAGAUGAAAAUACUUGGGGGGGUGAUAUCCUGGAAACUUAGUUCGAAAUUUGAGUGGGAAAGCCUGAUGGACUUGUCAUCGUAUUGUGAAUAUGCUAACAAGAGCACGCUGCCGUGAGCGGCCGACCAUCAUCGAGUGCUGACUUGUGCUGAACCACCUUACUUGUCUGUUGGCUUCAUCCAGGAUCACGAUUUAGAAUGAAGAUAACUGUUUGAAAUGCACAAAUCUUCGAGAGAACUGCACAUCCAAAGGUCAGGAUGACCUCUCCUACAGUAUGUUGGUGUGUUAGCGAAUUCAGGUAUGGGGGGGGGGGAGCGCUGUACUGCUCUCGGGCCUGACCCGUUUCCAAAACUUCAUCCGUAUUUAUGUAUAAAAUGACUGAGCUAGCUUUGAGCAAGAGUCUCCUGUUUAACCUACUGACAGUACUCAUUGUAAUUAUAGAUAUACAUGUAUGCAUAAGAAAUAUACUGCUUACAAUGGUUGCAUUCAAUGUAUGGCAAUUUUAUAUCAGACCAGUUGACCUUUCUUGAUGAGGCUGACCAUAAUCAUACAGUUUUCAACAAGAUAUCGCUAAUCAAGUCUCCAGAUUUCAGAAAUCUGGAGGUAAAACCAACUUGGUUUUCAUAGUUUAUUAUUUUACAAUUCCUUUUUGAUUUGCUCUUGUUGUAUACAUUACAAAGUACAUUACAGUUACCCCAGCAUUGGUACUGAAAAGAGAAAUAAUUUACCACAACAAAGUUCAAUUCCACUAAGUUUGUCAAAAGUAUGUCUGUGCCUGCAUCGCAAAUACUUCUCUGCCAUUAUUUUGGUCAGUGAAGUUAUUCUCUUUACAUUACCUUCUUUUGACUGUACAUUUACAAUAAUCCGCAUGACCCUUGAUAAUAGACGAAUUCGAAGAAGUUUGUUUUGGUACUGACCAGACAUGCGUUUCACCUUGAACAAAGGAUCGCCGUGUCUUUAGGCAUUGUCUGAAGUUGGCUGAUGUGUUCUGAGUGUGUGCAUUUGAUUUGUUGUGGCACUGAUUCGUCUUCUUCGAAUUUUUCUAUUGGGAGUUGAUCAAGGCUCUUAAAUAACAGUAUCCAACCUCUCAAUCAAAUGAUCUGCUAAUCUUGGCAUGGUGCUGUUUGUAAUCCUUCACAUUUGUACAAAAUGUCUGAGGCCGUGUACAAAACAAUUGGGUGUAAACAAGAACUUGGCUGUACAAUCGUUAAAUAGUGCUCAGCACUGAGGCUAACAUUGUCAUGUUGGCCAAAAUGAUGUAACCCCUGAUUGUUAUGUCACAAAAGAGCAGAGCACUAUUGAAGGGUUGUUAAUCUGAAGAAGGUAGAACUUGUUUGCCACAUAUUCCUAUUGUACCAGACUUGUAAUCCCUAAUUGAACAAUGACCGCAUGACACUACUGGAUACCAUUUCCAUUGACUGUCAAGUAAAUGAUCAUUUCUUGAUGUAGUUUGUUGUUGCGCUCAAUUUUGUUUUAUAUUCCUGGUUUAUAGUAAUUUGAGAUGUUUGCAUAAUUCCAGAACUCCACCAAAUUUGAUUGUUGACAACCUCGCUCCUGUGAACGAUUGUAGGUAUUUGAUGGCUUUCCUCUGUUCAAGUGUGUGUAUUGGGCCAGCCAUUGUUACAGGUUGUUUCUGAAUGGAGUAUUGGUGUGACCCAUCGGAGAAGUUAUGUAUUUUUAAAUAUAUAUUGGUAAGCUCAUCAAUAAACCAUCCCUCUUGAUAAAAAGACAA